GUCUACGGCUGAAGUUCAGUUCUCCGGUUUUAACGUGACAGUCCGGCUGAUUUUCCACCAAAAACUACCGCCUGGAGACUCUGCGAGGCGUCUGACGGAGGACUGGCUGCUCGAGUUGGUGUAAAAGCGCCUCUGGCAACUUAUAUUUGUAGUUUUGGGGAAGUGUUUCGGUUACAGUGUGACCAUUCACGCCUGUACAGAUUUGUUUCGGUGUUGCUUCUCUCGUCUAGUCAACGCUGGUAAAGUUUCUAUUAGUAUAACAGCUGACCGUUUGGGUUCGUUGAGCUUAAGGGGGUCAGUAUAGCCCACUACUGGAGUCUGAGUAAAGCCUACAGCCACGUUUUACCAUUAACCCGACGUACAGAUUCUACGUUAAUGAAUGAAUUAAGCAAUUAAUGUGAGUUAACUGCUGAAUUAGCUUAGUGUUGGGUGAAAAACAAAUACUUACCCUUUUCUAGAAGGAAAACACCACUGUUUAUGAAUUUCAGCUUGACUGGAGAAUAUGGGGGACAGGUCCAGUUCAGGUGAGGUGAAUGACAGUAAGUGUUGUGUGGACGACCGUCUAAAGAACCCCAUCCCAAACGACAGCCAAGUAGAAAGCAGUGCACCUCUCCAGAACGCAGCCACCACUCAUUUGUACAAGAGGAGAUGGCUGAUAGUGUGUCUGUUCAGCUCCUAUUCCCUCUGCAACGCCUAUCAGUGGAUCCAGUACGGGAUCAUCAACAACAUCUUCAUGAGGUUCUACGGCGUGGACUCCUUCACCAUUGACUGGAUGUCCAUGAUCUACAUGCUCACCUACAUUCCGCUCAUCUUCCCCGUGACGUGGCUCCUGGACAAGAAGGGCCUGAGGGUCAUAGCGGUGGUGGCCACGGCAUCGAACUGCGCAGGAACAUGGAUCAAGGUGGCCAGCGCCAGACCGGACCUUUUCGCCGUCACGUUCUUAGGACAGGUCGUCUGUUCGGUGGCCCAGGUGUUUAUCCUUGGGAUGCCCUCACGCAUUGCAUCGGUGUGGUUCGGGUCCAAGGAGGUGUCCACCGCAUGCUCCAUUGGAGUCUUUGGAAAUCAGCUUGGGAUUGCCAUUGGAUUCCUGGUGCCACCCAUUCUGGUUCCAAAUGUUGAAGACAUGGACGAGCUGGCCAGUCACAUCAGAGUCAUGUUCUACAUCACAGCAGGCGUGGCCACGUUCCUCUUCAUCCUGGUGAUCAUUGUGUUUCAGGAAAGGCCGGAUAUCCCCCCCACUCAGGCUCAGGCCGCAGCUCGUCUGAUCCCGGCGGAGAGUUACUCCUACACAGCCUCCAUCCUCUGCCUCCUCCGCAACAGACCCUUCAUCCUCCUCAUCAUCAGCUACGGGUUAAACGUUGGCUGUUUUUACGCCGUCAGUACGCUGCUCAACCAAAUGAUCAUUAAGCACUAUCCAGGUGAAGAAGUGAAUGCUGGAAGGAUCGGUCUGACCAUCGUUAUAGCUGGCAUGGCCGGCUCGCUGAUCUGUGGCAUCUGGCUGGACAGAACCAAAACAUACAAGCAGACGACUCUGGCGGUGUAUGUGAUGUCUCUGGCAGGCAUGCUGGUAUACGCCUUCACCCUCAGUCUGGGUCAUCUGUGGGUUGUCUUCAUCACCGCUGGAGCUCUCGGGUUCUUUAUGACGGGCUAUCUGCCUCUGGGCUUUGAGUUUGCAGUAGAGCUGACCUAUCCGGAGUCUGAGGGAACGUCGUCCGGUCUGCUGAACUGCUCUGCUCAGGUGUUUGGUAUCAUUUUCACCAUCUGUCAGGGGAAGAUCAUUGAUCGCUUUGGAACCCUGGCAGGGAACCUCUUUCUGUGUGUUUUCCUGCUGAUUGGGACUAUUUUAACAGGAUUUAUCAAGUCUGAUCUACGCAGGCAGAGGGCUAACCAGCUAGACAAGACAGCUGCUGCAUCCGGUCAUCAUGAGGGUCAGGAUUACGGCGCCACGGCUCCAAUUAACGCCUCACACUUCUGAUCAGUAAUCACUGCUCAGCCUGCUUUUACCACUGCACACUGGGACAGGAAAAUGUGAACGGAUCAGCCGUGAGUCCUGCUGCUCACAACGGGCCGGCUACCAAACUGUAAACACACAAGCACAUAAACUGAAGGCCUGCUGACCAUCACCUUCCUGAUGGCUCAGUGCACGUGGUAUCGUGUUCAGGUGCUGCUGCUGUUCUGGCUCUUCUGAAGCGUCAUGGACUGUAUUUAGAAUUUAAUUUAAAGAUUGUAAAAGAACGUUUAGCUAAAUCAGUAAAUGUAGAUUAUACAGUGCUGUGCAAAAAUCAGAGAGCACAUAUAUUUAAUUUCCACUCAAAUGGUCAAUAAGUGACCCAACAGUUAAAUCUAAUACAACUCUAUUUCCAAAAAAGUUCGGACGCUGUGCAGAAUGUAAAUAAAAAUAGGAUGCAGUGAUGUGCAAAUCAUGUAAACCAUAUUUUUAAAGGAAAAUACUAUCAGAUAACAUAUCAGAUGUUGAAACUGAGAAAUUUUAUUGGUUUUUUUUUUUAAAUAUAUGUCUAUUUUGAAUUUGACGUCAAGAACAUGUUCCAAAAAAGUUGUUUCAUCACCUCUUCUUUAACAGCACUCUGUGAAAUAUAGGGUUUAAAUGAUCUGCACAUCACUGCAUUUUGUUUUUAUUUGCAUUUUGAGAAGAUUCUCAGUGAGUUUUGUGAGAACAGCUUUUGUUGGAGAACUCAGCUGGAACUGUUUGGGUGGAAGAUUGGAAGGACUGAGGAGUUAAAGUGGCAGCAGAAGUUAACAAACUAAAUCCUGAUAGAUUUGGUACAUUAAGUGUUGGGGGUGUUUUUUAGUUUAAUGUUUUUAUCUGACAGUAAAAAAUGAGUAACUUGUACUGAAUGUCUGUUAAUUUAAUGAGAAGUGCUCUGAAUUUUACUCAGUGCUGUAUAUAAAUAAACCAGCGAGCUGAUCUCUGUACAGGUUAUUUUGCUACGAACAAAAACUAAACUGUUUAACUGGAUUCAGUGCUGCACAGUUCCUAAGUACAAAACACUGUACUUAUAGUUGUUGAUGGUAUUUUUAAAUGAGGCACUAGUUGGGCGUUUUGUCUGUUUCAACUUAUCAAACCUCAGAAAAACAAAUUAUUUUGGAUCCCUAAUUGUCGACCAUCUCACUGUUUAGAAAAUUACGACGUUGUUGCGUAGAUGAGAUACGAGUAUUGCUACAUACAUGCUACAAACAAGCUGACACUCCUGCGCAUUGAAAUAACGAUACUGUUGGACUGUAACCUCCUUCUGCAGUGCCCCCUAGUGGCCAUUCUGCUGGCAGAAUGGAACUCGUCUCGCUUGCUUUUAAUUAAUGUAAAAAAAUGAAACAUUUUCCCCGUAACUCUGUUAUCUUUUUUUGUUGUCUCUCUUUGUGAAUGUUGUUGAGCUACUACCGAGCAAUAAGUGGUGAAAGGGAAGGGUGGGAGCCCUCCGCUGUGAAAAACAAUUCACACCUCUCCACAAAGACGUCAGUGCGGAGAUGAACCUGCAGCUUUCUUCAUAUCAAACAGUCCUGCACAACUGACGCAACAAACACAGCAUUUAAACACAAUAAACACACUUUUAGAAAUGCUGACCUGCGAAGGCCAAAAUCAGCUGCAGGGUCAGUUCGCAUGUGGCACUAUUCGUAUUUCAACUCUUUAACAGAAAUAGAAAUAGAAAUGUGUUCAGACUUAACACAAUAACUGCAACUGUGAUGAAUGGAUUGUGUGAACUUGUCCUGCGAAAUCUGCACUGUUUUAAUGUUUGUGCUUCCAUUUUUUUUUAUUUUUUCAAAGGGGAAAUCCACCCAUCUCUUCGGAAUUUCUGCAUCAUUCAGUGUGUGAGAUGUAAACAGAGAGAUUCAGAGUGGUUUGGUGUGAAAUGGUUCAGAUGUCUUUACAGUGGUGCUGAUAGGAACCAGGGGUCGCCAUGACUACAACACAAAUAUAGACAUUUUAUUUACUAUCCAGAACCACCAGUGAACCUACACGAGUCUUCUGAGUUUAUAUGGAAUGUUGAUGAUGGAAAAUAGUGGAAAAUCUGAAAUAAUACGUUUUCUUUGGGGACUAUUUUGCCUCACAGCGCCCUGCAUGUAUCCCUCCACCAUGAAUGGAGUUUAAGUUCUCUAAACUAUCAUAAAACAGUGUCUCAGUCAUCAGGCAGUGAAUUCAUAACCAUUUCAUGUAGGAACUUUCUGUGAGGGAGCUUUUAGAGGUGGACGUCUGGUUCCUAUCACCACCACUGUUAACAGGUGAACUCUGAAUGACUUUGUUUGCAUCUUAACAUUCCUGCAUAAUUAAAAGGUUAAACUUUUCCCUUUAAAGGAGAGAAAGGGACAGAAGAGCCUGUAUUGUUUGUAGCACUUUAUACUGUGAGUUAAAGUCCAAACUGUGAGCUAGGCUGCGUUCCCUGUACAACACGGAGCGCUGCAGUAAGUGCCUGCAGAAAAGUGUAUAGCAUUAAAGGAGUAAUCCAACUAUUUUCAUUCUGA